AACUUGUGUUCUUCCUGUUGGUUUCCCUCUUCCUCUUUCAGCUACGUGUCAGUUUCAGUAUCACAGCUUAAUAAGAGAACCGUUCUCAACAGGAAAUGUCCACUCCCAACCUGCACUCAUAAAGAAAAGACACAAUACAGAAGACUGCUCUACAGUCUGAACCACGCCCCUCACCCUUCCCAGCCUGCACCUGUAGGUCAACCCCCCUCCCUUGGGGUGGGCGUGGCUCCAGGGUUGUAGUUGUAGCAAUGAGCUUUAAGAGGCGCAGCAUAGGUGUGGUUCUGGUGGAGUUUCCGUAUCAGUACACAGACAGCAGUGGCAGCAUCAUCUCCAUCAAACCCAAUGAACAAUACCUCCUCCUGGAGAAGACCAGCGCUAGAUUGUGGCUCGUCUGCAAGGAUGAGAGUUCCGAGUUCUUCUACGUCCCUGACAACUAUGUCAGGGAACUUCCCAGCAGGUUCCCACUGGACCCUGCUGACCCCCCCAGACCAGAGACCACCAGAGUCCCUGAGACAAGAGGACAACACAAGACACCACAGAAGGCUGUCGCUAAAACGAGUCUCUCUGGAGAACAUGACAUGGACACCAAAGCUAAGAGGAUGAGACAGCAGAGACCAGCCUCACCUGUACCCAGCUGUGUGUCCAUGAAGAGUGACUGGUCUAUGGAUCGACCUAUCACAUUCAGUGAUGGAGGAGGACCUUCUAAUAAGGAAGGGAUGAGACAGCAGAGACCAGCCUCACCUGUACCCAGCUGUGUGUCCAUGAAGAGUGACAGGUCUAUGUAUCGACCUAUCAUGUUCAGUGCUGGAGGAGGACCUUCCAAUGAGGAAGGGAUGAGACAGCAGAGACCAGCCUCACCUGUACCCAGCUGUGUGUCCAUGAAGAGUGACAGGUCUAUGUAUCGACCUAUCAACUUCAGUGAUGAAGGAGGACCUUCUAAUGAGGAAGGAGAUCAGCAGGAGAAGUCUGAGUCAGACCAGAGUCACCAUGAGGACUUGUCCUCCAUAUUCACAGUGCUUGAGGAGACUGUCAUCAGGUUUGUGAAGGAAGAGCUGAAGAGGAUGAAGAGGAUUCUGAGUCCAGAUUUCCCAGAAGGCUUAGAGAGUCAGAGGGAGGACCAGGAAGUGAUGGACCCUGAAUAUCAGAAGCAGGAGAGCAGUGCCAGAGAGGGAGCUCUGAAGAUCACACUGCACGUCCUGAGGAACAUGAACCAGAAGGAGCUGGCUGACACUCUGGAGAAAAAUGAGCAUGCUGAGAUUUGUCGACAGAAACUCAAAUCUGAACUAAAGAAGAAGUUUGAAACUGUGUUUGAGGGCAUAGCCAAACAAGGAAACCCAACUCUUCUCAAUAAGAUCUACACAGAUCUCUACAUCACAGAGGGUGAGAGUGGAGAGAUCAAUAAAGAACAUGAGGUGAGACAGAUUGAGACAGCAUCCAGGAAAUCAGCAAGACCAGAAACAGCCAUCACAUGCAACAACAUCUUUAAACCCUCAGCUGGACGAGACACACCUAUCAGAAUUGUUCUGACAAAAGGAGUUGCUGGCAUCGGAAAAACUGUCUCUGUGCAGAAGUUCAUCACGGACUGGGCUCAAGGACUAGCCAAUCAGGAAAUCCAGUUCAUCUUUCCUCUGCCGUUUCGAGAGCUGAAUUUGUUGGCUGGAGAGGAGUUCAGUCUGAUGGAACUUGUCCAUCACUUCUUCUCAGAAACAAGAGAAUCAGGAAUAUCCAACUAUGACAAGUACAACGUUCUGUUUGUCUUUGACGGUCUGGAUGAGUGUCGACUGCCCUUAGCCUUCAAAAAGAACAAGAGCUGGUGUGAUGUCACAGAGUCCACCUCAGUGGAUGUGCUGCUGACCAACCUGAUCAGAGGAAAGCUGCUUCCCUCUGCUCUCAUCUGGAUCACCACUCGACCUGCAGCAGCCAAUCAGAUCCCUUCUGAGUGUGUUGACCUGGUGACAGAGGUACGAGGGUUCAAUGACCCACAGAAGGAUGAGUACAUCAUGAAGAGAUGCAGUGAUGAGAUCCUGGCCGGGAGAAUCAUCUCACACAUCAAGACAUCAAGGACUCUCUACAUCAUGUGCCACAUACCAGUCUUCUCUUGGAUUACUGUUACAGUCCUUGAACACAUGCUGAGAACAGAGAAGAAAGAGAAGAUGCCCAAGACCCUGACUGAGAUGUACACAACCUUCCUGGUGUUACAGACCAAACAGAAGAAGGUGAAGUAUGCUGGGAAAACUGAGACAGAUCCACACUGGGAUGUAGAGAGCAUUCAGAGUAUUCAGUCACUGGGAAAACUGGCCUUCCACCAGCUAGAGAAAGGCAACCUGAUUUUCUAUGAGAAAGACCUGACAGAGUGUGGCAUUGAUGUCUGUGAUGCCUCAGUGCACUCAGGAGUGUUCACACAGAUCUUCAGACAGGAUGGUAAAGUCUUCCAGGAGAAGGUGUUCUGCUUUGUCCAUCUGAGCUUUCAGGAGUUUCUGGCUGCUGUGUUUGUGUUUCUCUCAUUCAUCAACAACAAGCUGAAUCUAAUGUCUGAGACUCCAUCAGCUUCCAGUUCCAACAAACGGUUGACUCUUUUAAAAAAGAAACCAGAAGUCAGAUUCUACAAGAGUGCUGUGGACAAGGCCUGGCAGAGUAAGAAUGGACAGCUGGACCUUUUCCUCCGCUUCCUCCUGGGCCUCUCAAUGGAGUCCAACCAGACUGACUUACGAGGCCUACUGACUCAGAAAAGUAACAAGACAGAGAGACAUGAGGAAACAGUCAAGUACAUCAAGGAGAAGAUCAGAGAGGAUCCCUCUGCAGAGAGAUGCAUGAAUCUGUUCCACUGUCUGAAUGAACUGAAUGACCAUUCUCUGGUGGAGGAGAUCCAACACUACCUGAGCUCAGGAAGUCUCUCCAGUGAGAAGAAGCUCUCAUCUACACAGUGGUCAGCUCUGGUCUUUGUGUUGCUGACUUCAGAAGAAAAGAUGGACGUGUUUGACUUGAAGAAAUACUCCAGAUCAGAGGAAGGUCUUCUGAGGCUGCUGCCAGUGGUCAAAGACUCCAAAACUGCUCUGCUGAAUGACUGUAACCUCUCAGAACGGUGCUGUGAAGCGCUGGCCUCAGCUCUCCCCUCCUCAGAUCUGACAGAGCUAGACUUGAGUAACAACAACCUGGGGGAUUCAGGCAUGAAGCUGCUCUCUGCUGGACUGGGGAAUCCACUCUGCAAGCUGGAGACACUGAGACUGUCAGGCUGUCACAUCACAGAGGAAGGCUGUGCUUCUCUGGGUUCAGCUCUGAAGUCAAACCCCUCCCUUCUGAGAGAUCUGGAUUUAAGCAACAGUGACCUGAAGGAUGCCGGCAUUAAGAUGCUCUCUGCUGUACUGCAGGAUCCACUCUGCAAACUGGAGAAACUGAGGCUGUCAGGCUGUCACAUCAAAGAAGAAGGCUGUGCUUCUCUGGUCUCAGCACUGAAGUCAAAUCCCUUCCUGAGAGAACUGCACCUGAGUAAAUGUGACCUACAGAUUUUAGACAUGAAGGUGCUCUCUUCUCUACAGGAAAAUCCACUCUGCAAACUGGAGAGUCUGAGGCUGUCAGGCUGUCAGAUCACAGAAAAAGGCUGUGCUUCUCUGGGUUCAGCUCUGAAGUCAAACCCCUCCCUUCUGAGAGAUCUGGAUCUAAGCAACAGUGACCUGAGGGAUUCAGGCAUGAAGCUGCUCUCGGCUGGACUGGGGAAUCCACUCUGCAAACUGGAGACACUGAGGCUGUCAGGCUGUCUGGUCACAGAGGAAGGCUGUGCUUCUCUGGCCUCUGCUCUGAGGUCCAACCCCUUCCACCUGAGGGAACUGGACCUGAGCUACAAUCAUCCAGGAGAAAAAGGAUUGAAGCUGCUCUCUGCUGGACUGCAGGAUCCACACUGCAGACUGGAGAAACUCAAUGUGGAUCAUGGUGGAGAGUGCUGGAUCAAACCUGGCCUUGUGAAGGCCUGGAGAUAUGCCUGUGAGCUCACACUGGACCCAAACACAGCAUACAGAGACCUCUCUCUGUCUGAGGAGAACAGAAAGGUGACAAGGAGGAGAGAGGAGCAGCCGUAUCCUGAUCACCCAGAGAGAUUUGAGUUCUAUCCACAGGUGCUGUGUAGAGAGGGUCUGUCUGGGCGCUGUUACUGGGAGGCAGAGUGGAGUGGAAGAGAGGUUUCUAUAGCAGUGACAUAUAAAGGAAUCAGCAGGAGAGGAAGGGGUGCUGACUGUGUGCUUGGAGCCAAUAACAAGUCCUGGAGUCUGGACUGUGGUAAUAACAGGUACUCUGCCAGGCACAAUAAUAAGAUCACUGCCAUACCUGCCCCCCCCUCCAGCUCCCUCAGAGUAGGAGUGUAUCUGGACUGGCCGGCCGGCACUCUGUCCUUCUACAGAGUCUCCUCUGACACACUGACCCACCUGCACACAUUCCACAGCACAUUCACUGAGCCCCUCUAUCCUGGGUUCAGGGUUGAUCCUGACUCCUCAGUGUCCCUGUGUCAGGUAGAAUAGCCCACACACACUCUCACACACUGUGCUCACAUAGAUGGCAGUGAAGAUUGAACUGUACACAGUUGGAAUUGAUAUCCCAGAGUGUUUGUAAAUAUUGGUGUGUGUAGAAUGUUUGUUUUGUUUGAACCUU